GUAAACGGCUUAAGAUUGAACUGUGGCUGAUUUUACCCCAACUUCUUCCUGGUAUAGUGAUUUAUGGGAACAAUAUGCUCACUUGUACAACGGUUUCAAGUUCAAAACAGGUAUUGUAAUCGAUACUUUAAUAUUAUAUAAAGGAGUGGGAAAACUGGAUUCAAAACGAUAUAUUCAUCCUUUUUGGAUCAGUACUAUCCAAUAACACUUAUGACUACAGCAACUGCAACUGCAACUGCAAUAACAGCUGCAACAGCAAAAUUGACAAUCAAUGAGACACCAUUGGAAACUCUCAAGUCGUCAUUCGUUGUGAGAGCAUCAGAGACUGCUACGGAGCCAAUUGAAAACCCAGAUAAUGUGGCGUUCCCUGAAUGGUUACCAACAUGGGAUCCAGAUCAUACUUUUGAUGCAUAUCCUGAUAAUUACAAUAAAUCAUUUUCAGACAAAGGUUUACUUGCAGAUCCCAACUUGACCAAUUUAUUCCCUAAAGAUGGUGAAGAUUCCGUUCAAGUUAAAAGAUUGACACCAAAGUUUGGAUCUGAAGUUAGAGGUAUUCAAUUAUCACAAUUGAGUGACGCUGCGAAGAACGAUCUGGCUCUAUUUGUCGCACAGCGUGGUGUUGUCGCCUUUAGAGAUCAAGAUUUCAAAACCAAGGGUAUUCAAUUUGCGAGAGAUUUUGGUUCAUAUUUUGGACCUUUACAUAUCCAUCCAGCAACUGGAGCUCCAAAAGGUGCACCGGACUUCCACAUUGUUUAUCACAAACCUAACGUUGAGGAAAGUUUCAAGGGCGAUUUCUCAAAAAUUCCUGACAACAAGUUAUCCUUCAGAACAUGGCACACAGAUAUCACCUUUGAAGAGUAUCCUUCUGGAACAACUUUCUUUGUCGAGUUGGAUUCCCCAGAUGCUGGUGGUGAUACUCUUUUCAGCGAUGCCACCGAGGCCUAUAAGAGGCUAUCACCAAAGGUCCAAGAUUUCGUUUCGGGUCUGAAAGCGGUCCAUACUUUUGACCAGUUUCUACAAUUUGUAAAGGUCACUGGGAAACCACUGCGUAAGCCUGCCCCAGCUGACGUUCUCCACCCAUUGGUGAGAAUUCACCCUGUUACUGAGGAAAAGUCUCUCUUCGUACCACAGGGGUUUGUGAAGAAAAUCGAAGGACUCAAGGAUGAGGAGUCUGAUGCAGUUUUAAAGCUGCUCUUUGACCACGUCAACAACUCCCAGGAUUUACAAGUCCGUGUUCACUAUGAGCCUGGCACCGUUGUUGUGUGGGACAACAGACGUGUGCUUCACUCUGCUGUUGUUGACGUUGAGCCUGAAAAGACUCGUCAUUUCUACAGAAUUACUCCGCUCGCAGAGAGACCGGUGCUUUCAAAGGAAGAAUUGGAGGAGUGGAAUCGUCAGAAGUAGGCACUUGUAUAAUCAAGGUUUAAUCUUUACGUGAAACAGCGAGCUCCCCUC